UCAGGAAGCAUUAGUGUGUCCAGAUCACUAUCAUGCCCACAAGGUGUAGGCGACCGUCUAGGUUAAACCAGGCGCAUGCGCAAAUAACUUUAGCAAAGCAAAGGAACUUUUGGUUUUCCCAUUCACAAAGAUCAGAGUGGAAAACACGCAGAGGAAGCCGGAGUGUGAAUAAUGCCUGAAUCACAGUUUCACACACUGGGGGGAAAGAAGCUGGGCGACGUCUUCUCACACACGUGGAAGAGGAACUAACCUGCCGAUCAGCCAGCAGGAAUUCACUGGGUUUUCACAUCUUGCUGGAUUUCAGCACAUUUCAUGGAUCUGACAGCUUUGGGGCUCGGAGUCGUGUUUCAGCUCCUGUAAGUGUAAGAGAUCCCGGAGGCGGAAAGAUGCAGGACGACCAUGUGUACGAUUAUCCAGAUGUCCAUCCAGUAGGAGAGAAGAGGAUAUGUCCUCAACGAGGCUCCUUAAAGAGCAUCAGUGUGCUGGACCGCCUGCUGCUCACGUACCCUGUAUGGCUGCAGUUGUCUAUCAACUCAGCCACAGCACUUCACAUCCUACAGCGUGAACCCCCAGGGACUUUCCUGGUGCGAAAGUCCAAUACAUCCCAGAUGAAAAUGCUGUGUGUCAGGCUAGCGGAUGAUAGCGUGCCAUCUUUUGUCAAACAGUUUGUCAUCCGAGAGAAGGACUCAACCUUCUCUUUGGAGACCUCAUCUAUCAGUUUCCCAGAUCUUUGUAGACUCAUUGCCUUCUACUGUGUCAGCCGGGAUGUUCUUCCUUUCACUCUGGAGAUGCCAGAGGCCAUAGCCAAGGCUUCAUCCCACAAACAGUUGGAAUCCAUCUCUCAUAUGGGUGUGGAGUUCUGGAGUUCCCAGUUAAACUUUCGUGGGCCUCGCAGUGAUCCUCCACCAGUCCAAGAACCUGUACUCCCAAAUCCUCAACCACAACACUCUACUACAUCUACUAGCACCGGUGCAACAUUGUUCCAAGAGUUCUGCCCAAUCCAAACCCGAAGUCCUUCUGAACUUGAUUUGGGAGCAGGACAGGGAGCUUUAUGUUUCAUCAACCCACUGUUCCUCCAAGAGCAUCCCAUUCGUGGUCCCAUGCGCAAGCGUCAUCUCUUUAAACGCAGCAUAAAGGUUCGCGUCUCCACUGAAACCACGAGUUCGCUCUCACCACCGGUCACCCCACCACCUCCUCCACCACUACUUGCAAAAGCCAAGAGUAAAGGAAAGAAUGUGCAGCAAACUGAAGUGGUUCAAACCAACGAGGAGAAUAAGAACGAUGGUGAAGUCGAUGAGGGAGAUUCAGAUUAUUUACAGCCUUGUCUUGCUCUCCCAAAGAACACUUGUUCUGCAAUAGUCACCCCGACCCUCUCUCCUACAGCUGAGGAGGAGGAUUACCAGUUGCCCAAAGCCUUUCUGCAGGCACAAAGAAAAGUCACAGUGGAAAGUGAAGAGGAAAACGAGGAUGAAGAUAUCGGACUCGUACUUGAGAAAAGAAAGGCACCUUCCCUCACAGAGUUGGACAGCAGCAGCUCCAUUAGCAGCCUUGAUGAGACUGAAGAGAGUCCCCAGAGACCUGCCCUCACACGGGGCACUAGUAACCCCAUCAUCCCCUCUCCACAUCCUCCCCACCAGUCUGUUUCUGCCCUGCGAAAGAUGAGUGCAGCCUUUGUGUCCUUCUUCGUGCCAGGAAAGAGAGUCAUACGGCUGGUGGAAGACCUUUCUCAUGACAGGCGUAUGGCGUUUGGGGCUCUGGUACAGGACUUCUUGAGGGAACAAAGGGAAGCAUUGAAGCCACAGUGCCUGACCACCACCGUGGAGCUGCUGCAGGGUUUGCGUCGCUUUCUCAACCAGGCGAAGGUGUUCCUCUUGGAAUGUGGAGAGCUCGAGCCGCCCAUCGAGACCCUUGUGCCUGAGGAUGAGAAAGAUCAGACACUGGAAAAAGCCUUGUUCCGCUGUGUAGUGAAACCUCUGAAAGGACAGAUUGAUACUGCACUCUAUAAUAUGCGUGAACGUGAUGGCUCGUUUAAGAGGCUGGCUGAAAGUAUGAUGAGAGCCAGAGAUUCUUCACCACGAGAGCUUUUUGGAGUGCAAGUGGCUGUACCUGAUGUUCAUGGCAUUGAGAAAAUAAAGCACAAGAUGUCUCUUAUGCGACGGGCCUAUUCACCUAUUGAUAAAGUAGUUUUGCUCCUGCAGAUCUGUAAGCUCAUCUAUAAAGCCAUGAAGACCAAUACUGGGCAGGAAUUUGGAGCUGAUGACUUCCUUCCAGCUCUUUCCUAUGUGAUCGUGCAGUGCAACAUGCCUGAGCUGUCUCUAGAGGUGGAGUACAUGAUGGAGCUUCUGGAAACCUCUUGGCUCACAGGAGAGGGUGGAUACUACCUGACCAGCAUUUAUGCCAGCCUUAGCUACAUACAGAGUGAGCCAAAAGUUGUGCCUUCCAGUGGCCUUACCCACCAAGUCAAGGAAUCUCUGAAGGAGUGGAGCCACCGGCGUAGCACAGAGUCCAAGAGCCAGAAUGACAUAAAACAGAGGUUUGUAAAGGUGCUGUUCCAAGAUGGAGAGUGCAGUUUGGUGAAGACAUUGCAAUGGAAGGCAGGGAUCAGUGGAGAAGCUUUGACACAACUCUGUGCCAUGAAAUUUGGAGUGGACCAGCCAGAUGAGUACAGCCUGUACUGGAGAAAUAGUGGAAAGUUAAUACCAGUUCCUCUGGACGCUCAGAUUCAGGACCUGCAGAACAUGGGUACCAGCAGUGCUCCACUCAUUUACCAGCACUCUACUCAGGAUAUGAAAUCCAGUAGGUUGACCAGAGGGGGAGCUUUGGACCUUUCAGGAGAAGCCUCAAUGUGACCUUGUACCACUCCACACCACCCCACCCCAUACCUUUGAAAAAGGAGAGAACAGCCAACAAUCCACAUUGACUGCACUGAGAUGUUAAAUAAUUGGUUAAAACCCUGCGUACAUUUGCUAAAUCUUCUGAAAAGUUUUAUUAAUUUAUCUAAAGAUAAGUGAAAACUGAAAGUUGUAGACCUUUAGUACGAGUUGUAUUUUAUUUAUACUUUGUGCCAAACGGUUGUUUCUCAUUCAUAUGAGCUCCGAGAGAAAUUCCUGUAAAUUCUGCAAAAUACGAAAUUAUUUAAUUUCUGUAAUAACACUAAGAUUGAUGUUAUGUUAUGACGACAGUGAUGCUUUUACUUACUCGGUAUAUUUUAUAGUCCAAUAUUUCCCACACUUUGCUUUGUAGUUCCUCUCCGCUGCACAUUUUAAUCAUUUAAACUACCCACCCCAUUCAUCAGAUAAUAUAUUUGAAAAAAAAAAAAACUUUAAAAAUCAGUGUCAGAAUUGUAUUACAGUAAAAUAUGGACUUAAUAUAUGCUAAGGUUUGCUGUUUAUGGUGAGAACAUAAAUUGUGAUACUGUGCAAAUUAAUGUCCAA